CUCGGACGGCACGACCCAGUGGCCCCUACCAAGUACCAGUAGACUAGUUAAACACUGUACUUGAAAGAAAGCCAAGUAGGACUGGAAUGUGGAGGCGAAAAGCGCUUGGCUGUGCGCUCUGGGAGCGCGAGGCAGUCUGGGAGUUGUAGUUCGGCGUCACUGUGGGGCGCUACUCUGGAGGAAGUGGCGGGAGAAGGCGGGAAGAAGCAGAGUUGCGGGUUUUGGUUUAUGGGUCCGCGGCUGCCGGGAGAAGGAGCAGUAACUGCAGCCCCGGAAGCCAGCGUGAAGGUGGGCAAGUCACCAAAGGGCGGGCGCCUCCCAGAGUCUGGAAUUCCCCCGGGUGCGCGCCAGGCGGCCCUUGUCCCUGGCUUCUCCAACAUGCGCAGGCACCCGGAGAGCCGCUACGGGCGCGGGGCCUAGAGAUGAUCUUUUCGGUCGUCCGUUACCCGCUCCGGUGGUUUCGAAGGCCCACGGGCCGUACUUUGACCCUCGCUGCCAUGGAGGUUGCCUUCCGAGGCGUGCGGAAAGUCCUGUGUGUGGCCGAGAAAAACGACGCAGCCAAGGGAAUCGCUGAUCUGCUGUCCAGCGGUCGCAUGAGACGGAGGAAAGGGAAGAUAAACGACUUAAAGGAGUAUAAUUACAAAAUGAUUAAUUUGAAUUCUCUUAUCAUUCAGAACGUCACUAUGAUAAUGACUUCAGUUUCUGGACACUUGCUGGCUCAUGAUUUCCAGAUGCAGUUUCGAAAAUGGCACAGCUGCAAUCCCCUUGUCCUCUUUGAAGCAGAAAUCGAAAAAUACUGCCCAGAGAAUUUUAUAGACAUCAAGAAAACUCUGGAACGAGAGACACGACAAUGCCAAGCCCUGGUGAUCUGGACUGACUGUGACAGAGAAGGUGAAAACAUUGGGUUUGAGAUUAUUCAUGUGUGCAAGGCAGUGAAGCCCAGUCUACAGGUGUUAAGAGCCCGGUUCUCCGAGAUCACCCCCCGUGCUGUCAGGACAGCCUGUGAAAACCUGACUGAGCCAGAUCAGAGAAUCAGUGAUGCUGUGGAUGUGAGGCAGGAGCUGGACCUGAGGAUCGGAGCUGCCUUCACUCGAUUCCAGACUCUGCGGCUCCAGAAGGUUUUUCCAGAAGUGCUGACUGAACAGCUCAUCAGCUAUGGCAGCUGCCAGUUUCCCACACUGGGCUUUGUGGUAGAAAGGUUCAAAGCCAUUCAAGCCUUUGUGCCAGAAAUCUUCCAUAGAAUCAAAGUAACUCAUGACCAUGAAGAUGGAAUUGUAGAUUUCAAUUGGAAAAGGCAUCGUCUCUUUAACCACACAGCUUGUCUUGUCCUGUAUCAGUUGUGUAUGGAGGAUCCCAUGGCAACUGUAGUGGAAGUCAGGUCAAAACCAAAGAGCAAGUGGAGGCCUCAAGCUUUGGACACUGUGGAGUUGGAGAAACUGGCUUCUCGAAAAUUGAGAAUAAAUGCUAAGGAAACUAUGAGAAUUGCUGAAAAGCUCUACACUCAAGGGUAUAUCAGCUAUCCCCGAACAGAGACAAACAUUUUCCCCAAAGACUUAAACUUGAUGGCAUUGGUGGAACAGCAAACACAGGAUCCACACUGGGGGGCCUUUGCCCAGAGCAUUCUAGAACGGGGUGGCCCUACCCCACGCAAUGGAAAUAAGUCUGACCAAGCUCAUCCUCCCAUUCACCCCACCAAAUAUACCAGCAACUUGCAGGGAGAUGAACGGCGACUGUAUGAGUUCAUUGUUCGUCAUUUCCUCGCUUGCUGCUCUCAAGAUGCUCAGGGACAGGAGACAACUGUGGAGAUUGACAUUGCUCAAGAACGCUUUGUGGCCCAUGGCCUUAUAAUUCUAGCUCGAAACUACCUGGAUGUGUAUCCAUAUGAUCGCUGGAGUGACAAGCUCCUCCCUGUCUAUGAGGAAGGCUCCCACUUUCAACCCAGCACUGUAGAGAUGGUAGAUGGGGAGACCAGCCCUCCACAGCUGCUCACCGAGGCCGACCUCAUCGCCCUCAUGGAGAAACAUGGCAUUGGAACUGAUGCCACUCAUGCAGAGCACAUUGAGACCAUCAAAGCCCGGAUGUAUGUUGGACUCACCUCUGACAAGCGGUUCCUCCCUGGACACCUAGGCAUGGGACUAGUGGAAGGUUAUGACUCCAUGGGCUAUGAGAUGUCUAAGCCUGACCUCCGAGCUGAGCUAGAAGCUGAUCUGAAAUUGAUCUGUGAAGGCAAGAAGGACAAGUCUGUAGUUCUGAGGCAGCAGGUGCAGAAAUAUAAACAAGUUUUCAUUGAAGCAGUGGCUAAGGCGAAGAAGUUGGACGAGGCCUUGUCCCAGUACUUUGGGGAAGGGGCAGAGACACCCCAGCAAGAAGAGGUCUAUCCAGCCAUGCCAGAGCCCAUCCAGAAGUGCCCGCAGUGCAACAAAGACAUAGUCUUAAAGACCAAGAAGAGUGGUGGUUUCUACCUUAGCUGCACCGGCUUCCCAGAAUGCCGACUGGCCAUGUGGUUUCCUCCCUCAGUGCUGGAGGUCAGCAGGGAUGAGAGCGUGUGUCCUGUUUGUAAACCAGCCCCCGUGUACAGGUUGAAGUUCAAAUUCAAGCGUGGGAGCCUUCCCCCAACCAUGCCCCUGGAGUUUGUGGGCUGCAUUGGUGGAUGUGAUGAGACCCUGAAGGAGAUCCUAGGCCUGCGCUUUUCACAGGGUCCUCCCAGAAGCAGCCAGCCCUCUGGCCACCUUCAGGCUAGCCAGUCAGUGAACAGGAUGGACAGCAGCCACUCUCACCCUCCCGGCAACAGACAAACCAAAUCCUCACAGCCUCAGGCCCAAACUGUCCUGCCAGCUGCUGCCAUUGGUGAGAGCAACUCUGUGACUUGUAACUGUGGCCAGGAGGCUGUGCUGCUCACCGUCCGCAAAGAGGGCCCCAACCAAGGUCGGCAGUUCUACAAAUGCAGCAGUGGUGCCUGCAACUUUUUCCUCUGGGCCAAUGGUGGCCAUCCUGGAGCAGGAGGAGCCCCUACCUCUGUGUCAAGGCUGCCAGGCACCUCCCUUGGAUACCAGUCAGGCUUAGGUUACCACUCUGGUCAGCUCAACAACUCUGGCAAUGGCAAUGGCAGCAACACAUCCUGCCUGUGCAGCCACCCUGCUGUCAAGAGGACAGUGCAAAAGGAUGGUCCCAACAAAGGGCGCCAGUUCCACACAUGUGCUAAGCCACGGGAUCAGCAGUGUGGCUUCUUUCAGUGGGCUGAUGAGAAUGUGGCCCCAGGGACUUUUGCAGCCCAGCCUUGGCCAGGAGGAAGAGAAAACACCCAGGGUUCAGAAGCUAGGAACAAAAGACCCCGGACCAGUUCCUCAGAUCCAGGGUCCACAGCAAAGAAAUUACGCAAGUGCAGUUUAUGCCACCAGCCUGGACACACCCGGCCCUUCUGUCCUCAGAAUAGAUGAAAGCAGUACAGAGUAGAGAGGGCCACUUUCUCAGCCUGAGACUCUGUAGAGACUGAGGAGUGAUGGGCUUUUCUUUGCUAAAGAACACAAAGUCUAGACCCUCAAGAAGGUUAGCUCUGCUGGACAGUGGCACUCUUCGAGCGCUCUAAAAGGUGACCACAGCCACCUGCCGAGAAAAAGAGCUGCUGCCCUGUGACUCCCCACACCCCAGGGAUGGUCCUUGGUAGCAUGUGCUGAGGCCGGCAGCAGAGGAUAUAACCACUGGCAGCUGUGAACUCUUAGCUGUUGCCUACUCACUGCAAGCCAAGAAGCACCCAGGGCUUUCUCGGCGAGGAGGCAGCACUUCCCUCAGGCACUGAGCAGCCAGGAUGGAGCGUCUCUCCAUGACCAUACUGGGAAGGAGGGCAUCAUACUAGGAAGUGGCUCUUCUAACACCAGAUCUUCAGGAGUAGCUCCAUUUCCACUUCAUGUAGAAGCCCAGACACCCCUAGCUCAUGUGCCUUAGGAAAAAAUUUAUUGUUUACUCUGACAAGUGGUGGUACAGCACAGUGUCUUCUAACAUUUGUAGGAGUGAGGGCAUCUGCUAGCCAGUAGUGGAGGAAGCACUCAGCAAUACUGUCUGGUGGCUUUUAGAGCCAAGCCCCAUUUGUCACUUGGCCUCUCCAAUUUGUCACUUGGCACAAAAUUGCCACUGACCAUCUUCCGCCCUUGCAAGCAAUGCACUGUGAAUAGUAUAGUUGACUUGGCUCUUAUACAGUUCAGAAAAGAAGCAGGAAUGGGGUGUGAAUUACAUGAUUGCAGUAGUGAGGCCAGUAGCAGAGGACAUAAUUGGUGGCUGUGAACUCAGCUGUGACCCACAGUGAUACUGCAAACCAAGAAGCAUCACUGUCGCAGUUAGCAAAGAAAUUAUUCUCAGGGUCUGGGACUGUAAGCCCCUAUCCUUCAUUAGGCCAGCCCUCUGCUCACUGGGUGUCAGGACAAGGGGCUCCAACUACGAAUUCCUGGCCUUGUUCCUGAUGCAGCCUAGUCAGCAGGUGUGGGUCCCAGCCUGCAGUGCUGGCUUUCCCAGUCCCCAGCAACCGUCUACCUGCUGUUUGUUUCUGCUGCCUUACCUAUUAUGGACAUUUUACAUAAAUAGA